AUCAGUCCUCUUGAUACAUUUACAUACAUACAACAAUGAAAACGUUUUCCUAGGUACUACACUCGCUGAAAUAGUGCCUACCCGGCGAACUUCCAACUUCCCGCACUCUCGACAUGGACUCCCCCUUGCCCUCUCGGGAUUCCCUGCAUCGCUUGCUUGGUUUACAUUCGUAUUCAGUGGUAGUAGAAAUGGCCACACGACAACUGGGGAAGUGACCUAUACAUCGGAACAGUUCUGCGAAAUCUGAAAAAUAAAUACGUUUGUGUACUUUCGCAACUGCAACUUACCUCACGUUGCAGUAGCUGUUCCAGCAUUCAAAUAAUAAUAGUACUGGAUGUGAUUGAAUAGAUAUGGAAUCCAGAUUAAGUGACACGAGCGACAGCGAAGAUGAAGCUUGCAGAGUUGGUUUUGGAGGGCAAGGCAAAACCCAUGCGGUUAUUGAGCCUGAAGAAAAUCUAGAAGACUAUGGAAGGAGGUCAUUCAGCUCAGAUACAGAUCCCGAACCAACAAUGGAAACUCAGGCACGGGGAUCUGCCACUAAGGUUGAAGAAUUUAAAUCAGGACGUAAGCGUAUCCACAGGGAUAAGGAGGUGGAUAAAAACAGUGCUAUGUUCAUCAAAAAGAGUCGAACCGAAGGUCUGGAACUUGGAGCUAAUGCGGUCGACAAUAAGGCUCAAAGGAUGAUGGCCAAAAUGGGUUACAAGUCAGGUACUGGGCUGGGUAAAGCAGGCCAGGGUCGCAUUGAGCCAGUGGAAAUGUCAACACAACGCGGCCGUAGAGGUUUAGGUCUUCACAUACCAGGAUUAGACGCAGCGAGUCAACAGUGGGACCCAUCUUUAGAGGAAAUAAAAGUCCAAGAGGACAUAGAAUGGUUAACCAAUAAUCACUUUUCGGUACCAGAUAUGGAUACACUACAGGAUUGGCUAGGGUUUGGUCCGAAAAAAUUGGACCUUGACAAUGAGGUAUCAUUCUGCGAAGAAAAUAUUCUCAAAGAUGUGUUGAAUUCGAAAUCUGUGUUCGACAGGCUUGACGGAAAUGAAUUACGACGAGCUCGAACAAGAUCAAAUCCAUUUGAAACGAUCCGUGGAGCAUUUUUUCUGAAUCGUGCAGCUGUAAAAAUGGCUAAUAUGGACAGAGCUGCCGAUUUCGUAUUCACAGAACCAAAAAAUUUACAUCCGAAUGAGCUUUUGUACUUUGCUGAUGUCUGCGCUGGUCCUGGAGGUUUCAGCGAGUAUGUUUUGUGGAAGAAAAAAUGGAACGCCAAGGGGUUUGGUUUUACACUGAGAGGUGAAAAUGAUUUUAAACUUGAUGAAUUUUAUGCAGGACCUUGUGAAACUUUUCAUCCCUAUUAUGGGCCAAAAGACAAUGGCGAUGUAUAUGACCCUGAAAAUCAGAAAGGUUUUCGUGAUCUUAUAAUGGAAGACACUGGAGGAAAAGGAUUACACUUUAUGAUGGCUGACGGUGGCUUUUCGGUCGAAGGCCAAGAAAAUAUUCAAGAAAUAUUGUCCAAACAGUUAUACCUGUGCCAAUGUCUGGUAGCAUUAAUGGUCUUGAAGGAUGGUGGCCAUUUUGUUGUCAAAUUAUUUGAUCUAUUUACUCCUUUCAGUGCCGGUCUAAUAUACUUGAUGUAUCGCUGCUUCGACCGGAUUUGUAUUUUUAAGCCUAAUUCAUCCCGCCCUGCUAAUUCAGAAAGAUAUUUAAUAUGCUUGAGUAAACGGCCAGACGUUUCAGAUGUAAUAGAAUACUUGUCUCGAGUAAAUGAGCACUUGCUUCACCCCAGCAAAAGCAAAGACGACAACGAUGUUUUGCAACUAGUAUCACCAAGUGAGUUAGAAAACGAGAAAUAUUUCAAAAAUUAUUUAAUCGAAUCCAACAAUACACUGGGCAGAAAACAAGUUAUAGGGUUAGUCAAAAUAGCUGCAUUUUGCAACAAUCCCACACUUACGGAACCAACUCAAGCAGAUAUGAGAAAGGAGUGCCUUCUGCACUGGGGUCUACCAGACAAACCUCGAACAGUACCAAGACUUGGUAACCCACAAGCACGUCUACAGGGUCUGAUCACGAACAAUACCCUCAACUUUCUAUCUGCACCACACACCGAACUUUCUAAGUCAAAUGUUGAAACAAAAUUAUUGACAAGUCCAUUGGAUUGGUUUUGCAUGCCUUGUGUAACAGGCCAAGGCUCAGAAAAAUCUCUGGCUACGUUUUAUCUUGGUCUAGGAAGAUCUAAUGUAUUUCGUCUAGAAAAGAACACCUGGAGACGGGAACCUGUUGCACCAGAACUGCCACCAGAUACCCUUGUUUAUGCAGAAAUGGCUGGAGAAUUGCGCAGCGAAUAUCGCUCACAACACAGGACACCUGCGCUCCAUAUUUUAGAUGCAUACUUACUUGGUGGCGUAGACAUUAGCCAGUUACACUUGAGUGAUAGAUCCGCGAAAAUAAAAAAAUUCUGUGCUGCCCUGAGAAAACCAAGUGGACAGCAUUCUAUACAAGUACGUGCUAAGAAUCUUUACCCAUUGAUCAAUGGUUUGGAAGACGAAUUAUACUCGUGCCUGGAACUUCGCACAAUGAAAAAUGGGAAUGAAGUGAUGGCCUAUGCACCCUUGAUCGGCAGUAAUUUGAACGAAAAUAUUAAAGAUGACCCAUAUUAUUUUGUGAUGAAUAGCAUUCUAUUUUUCAAAGGUACUGCGAAUCCCUGGCAUUGCCAUGUAAGCCGAUCGAGCGGACACAAGUAUUAUUACAAUCCUAAAUCAAAAGAAACAAAAUAUGACUAUGAAAGACCAGCCGAUGCCAUUGCUAGCUUCUGCGAAAGUUUCUCUGAGAGACUUGUGUGGUAUUGGCCACCUUCUCAGGACUUGACUAGAAACGAUCUAGUAGAUUUAGUCAAAGCUAAGAGUCGCCCACCAUAAGAUUGGAUGAUUGAAAUAUAUACAUUUGAAAUACUUGUGAUAAUAUAUUUGAGUGUUGCAAUUGAUCAGUUCGAACCCUGGAGUAACGCAAAAUAGUUUGAGCGUUGUACCCAAAUCGAUUCUUUUGUUUUAAUGUUAUCGCGCAAAAUAGACAAUGCUAGAUGACUACUGUUAAUCUGAUCAUUUGAACGCAAUCGUAUUGUUCAUCUUACAAAAACGACUACGAUGCUGAAUUUAUUUUUUACGUAAAUUGAUUGAAAAAAGGCAGCAUCACAUGAAUGUAACUUGUAUCUGGUAAGAUUGACUACUUUAUUUUGAGGAGUCCAAAUUUAUGACGUUAUUGAAAUUCAUUAAU